AAUGUCAGUUUUAGAAUCAUGCAAGAUUUCAUAAGUUUUCAACAGGAUACUGAUUUCAUCAAAAGCAGAGAUUUCAUCAAAAGCAGAGAUUUCAUCAAAAGCAGAGAUUUCAUCAAAAGCAGAGAUUUCAUCAAAAGCAGAGAUUUCAUCAAAAGCAGAGAUUACACCAAAAGCAGAGAUUUCAUCAAAAGCAGAGAUUUCAUCAAAAGCAGAGAUUUUAUCAAAAGCAGAGAUUUCAUCAAAAGCAGAGAUUUCAUCAAAAGCAGAGAUUUUAUCAAAAGCAGAGAUUUCAUCAAAAGC